AUGAGCUCCUUUUCUUCUAAUAAACAUUCACGCAAAGCGUUGCUGGCGACGUUCGCCUUGGCGUGCUUGGCCAUUUUUAUCGGCAUCAACGGCGUCUUUGUCGAAGCAAAGAAAGGACCGAAAAUUACAAACACCGUUUACUUCGACGUCUCCAUCGGAGGGAAAGACGCGGGAAGAAUUACCAUGGGUUUGUACGGCGCCACGGUACCGAAGACGGUCGAAAACUUCCGAGCGUUAGCGACCGGAGAGAAAGGCUACGGCUACGAAGGCUCAACUUUUCACAGAGUGAUCAAAGACUUUAUGAUCCAAGGUGGUGAUUUCACCAAAGGAGAUGGCACGGGAGGCAAGUCUAUUUACGGCGAAAAGUUCGCGGAUGAAAACUUCAAGUUGAAGCACACCGGUCCAGGAACGUUGUCCAUGGCCAACGCCGGCCCGAACACGAAUGGGUCGCAGUUUUUCAUUUGCACCGUGGUCACCUCUUGGUUGGACGGUCGACACGUCGUUUUUGGAAGAGUCACGGAUGGUAUGGACGUCGUUCGUAAAAUCGAAGCUUUGAACGGAACGCCGCCGAGCGAAACUGUCACGAUCACAAAGUCCGGCGAGUUGCCGAUGGAUGCGCACGUUCAAGAUGAAAUUUAA